CAGAGGGUCACUGAAGAGGAUGCUCCCUCAGACGGAAACACACCUGCAGAGAAAGCUGCUAAGCAGGCAUAUGAACUGAAUGAUGCUAAGGAGCAGGCCCUCAUCGCUUCUUCUGAGUGGAUCAUGAGGACGCCACCUGCACAUCUGGCUCUGCUGCUGCAUCUGAUGGGGAGCUUCAUAAGAGACCCUCAGGUCUCCUGUAUCACAGAGAUCCCGCUUGACAUGGCCCCAAACUCCUUCGACGACCAAUAUUGGGGGUGUGCAGAUAACGCCAGCCUGGAAGACCCCGUCCACACUGACUUUGCCAGCAAUGCAAACUACGCCAAGAUCUGGGAAGCGUCAAAGUCCAAAUGGUAUGGCAUGGACCAUUCCUCUUUUCCCAGCAACCUUAAGCCAGUGUAUGGCAUUGCAGUCUUGACUUACACUGAUAACGAGGUGUACAAAGCUUUCAAUGAAGCUGUAAGAGAAGGUGGUCAAUCUCAACAGUAUUACCAGCGCAAUUUCACCUUCAAGAGCUUUCACUUUCUCCUAACCAGAGCCCUUCAGGUCCUGAAGAAGACCACUAAGCCCGAGUGCUACACAGUGUAUCGUGGGGUAAGCGGCAUCCGCUUCACCGUCUCCAAGUCCCAAAAGAUUGUCCGUUUGGGGCAAUUUUCCUCCGCAUCACUGAGCCGGGAAAUUGCCUUGUCAUUUGGAAAAGACAUGUUCUUCACCAUCUACACCUGCCUUGGGGUCUCCAUUGAGAAAUUAUCCUUGCGUCCUCACCAGAAGGAGGUUCUGGUCCCACCCUAUGAGACGUUCACUGUCAUCAAUUCCACAGAAAACUUCAUUGCACUCCACCACAAGGGAAGUCUCAGCAACUUCAACUGUGGAUCUGCUGCAGGUCUGAGCCGGUUCUCUGCUACCCUCCCAACGCCUCUCCUGGUCGGGGGAUUUCUUCUCCUUGCUGGGGCUCUCGGGUCACCCGGUGUCUUCUGACUGCAGCAUCAAAAUCAAAAGUCUCUGCAUCCAUUACAGAACCACCUAAUGGGAAAGAAUCAGGGUGUGUGUGUGUGUGUGUGUGUGAACAUGGAAAUCAAGGGGAAGGGCAGUAUCUACUACUCCUGCUA